AUAAAACCUCGUAGUGAUGCCAUGUCGGCUGCGAAAAAUCACAGUUUAUGAAACAAAAAGUCGUUUUUAUAUAAUCGGAUGUGAUAGCACGGGCUCUCGAUAUAAUGUGCUUAAAAUCGAUAGAAUUGAUCCAAAAGCAUUGAUAACUGGAGAACCUGAAUAUGAUUAUACACGAGAGGAAAUACUUGAAUUAUUAGCAACGAUUUCAGAUGGAAGUUCGGUUGUAUACCGAUCUUCAUCGAAAAAAGGAACAAAAAGUGGACUCAUCGAACGAGCAACAAAUGCAUUUGGAAUUCUUGGAUGUGUACGAUUUGUUGAAGGAUAUUAUUUGAUUAUAAUAACCCGUGCUCAUGCAGUCGCCACACUCGGCUAUCAUCCUGUUUAUAAAAUCGUUGAAGUUGCAAUGAUCCCGAUUGCAAUGGACGGAGUAUCAACGAGUUCAGAAGAGCAAAAAUAUGUAAAAUUAUUUCAAUCGGUGGAUUUGAGUACUGAUUUUUAUUUCUCAUACUCGUAUGAUAUGAGUCGGACGUUUCAAGAGAAUUCUCUGCGAAGUGAUUGGAAUAAUCAUGGACAGAGACGACUGGAAGCAGAUGAAAGAUUUGUUUGGAACUCUUUCCUACUCGAACCUCUUCGUAAAAACUUGAUCAGUGAACGAUGGUUUGUCGAAAUUGUACACGGCUAUGUUCGUCAAGAGUACAUUUUUCUACCAAUUGGUCGAAUUUCCCUCACAAUAAUCGGACGCCGAUCUACCAAAUAUGCUGGAACUCGAUUCCUGAAAAGAGGCGCAAAUCCGACAGGAAACGUAGCGAACUAUGUGGAAACCGAGCAAAUUGUUUGGGACAUGGCGUCUUCGGGAAAUGUAGCUGACGGACGGUUCAGCAGUUUUGUUCAAAUGCGCGGUUCGGUGCCAAUGCGUUGGUCUCAAGAUCCAUCGACACGUGGAGUUGUUGGAAAACCAUUGAUUCUAAUUGAUAAUCAUGAACCACAUGCUCAAACUGCAGCUUCACACUUUCGUGAUGUUCGGAAUAAAUAUGGAAAUCCAAUUGUCAUUAUGAAUUUAAUUAAACGAAAUGAAAAACGACGUCACGAAGGAGUUCUUCAUACUCAAUUUUUGAAGAAUAUUGAGUAUCUGAAUCAAUUUUUACCAAACGAAGAAAAACUAUGUUACAUUUCAUUUGAUGUGGCAAGAUGUAAUAAAGCGGCAAACUCAAUGCCAUCAAUCAAUGUUUUAAAUGUAAUGGAAGAUCUUUCAAUGAAAUCAAUUCUUAAAAAUGGAUGGUUUCAAUCAUUUCCUUUAAGUGAAGCUUUGAAAAUCCGACCUCGUGAAGCAUUUGCAACUUUGGAUGCUCAUCAUUCAAAAGAUGGGCGGUUUAUGAUACAACAUGGAAUUUGUCGAACUAAUUGUGUUGAUUGUCUUGAUCGUACCAAUGUUGCACAAUUUGUGAUUGCAAAAGUAGCACUUGGAUGCCAACUUUGUGCAAUGGGAAUACUCGAUGAACCAAAUCUCACUCUUCAAAGUGAAGUUUGUCGUCUUUUAGAGGAUAUGUUUGAUGAACACGGAGAUACAAUGGCUCUACAGUACGCUGGAAGUCAACUUGUACAUUCUAUUAAAACCUACAAGAAAACUGCGGCAUUUCAAGAAAGAAGACGCGAUGUUUUUCAAACCUUAUCUCGUUACUACAGUAAUACUUUCAAUGAUUGGGAUAAACAAAUGGCAAUUAAUUUAUUUCUUGGCGUAUUCCGUCCAAGAAUCACUACAAUGAAGAAUCUUUGGGAUCUAACCAGUGACUACAAUUUACAUUUUCCAUAUUCUUUGAAAAUUAACACUGAUUACUGUGCUUGGACUUUAUCUGAAAAAGAAUUAGAAGACCUAGUUUUUCUGGAUUAUGAUGAAAGUGAGAAUUCUGAUGGAUAUGUUGAAAUUCGAUCGAUUGAUGUUGAUGGAAGACGUGGUAGUGAAGGAAGUGAAUACAGGACACUUCUAUUUUCUUCUCAUGAAGAUUUUCGAGAUUAUCAUCGAACAUAUGAGUUUACAUCACUUGAUGAUCGAAUUGGAAGAUUAUUUAGUAUUGAAAAUCGAGCUAUUCAAGUUGAUGGAAUUAAUGAAGAACCGACGACACAUGCACAAUUCUUGAAAUUGUGGAAGACCACGGAAACCAAAGAAAAAGAUCAAAAGAAACCGAAUAAGAAAGACAAAGAGGAAAAAGAAUCUGAUGAUGAAGAUGACGAUGAAGAAAUCUCAACUCAAUGGUCAGAUGUUGUAGAAGCUCAACAGGAAUGGUACGAUCUUGUCAAUGCUCCGGGUAAUGUCACCACGACUCUACAGAAAUCUCCAACUAAACGAGAAUCUACUCCUCCUCGAAACACUUCAAGAGCUAAACGAUCACUAUUGAGCACUGGUCUUCAAUUUGCAAAAGAUAUUUAUCAUUUGGAUCAUUUAAAAACGCAACCAGAAGAACGACGAUAUUAUGAGAAAUAUGCAAUCACGGCUUUCAAGUGUAAUGUCAGAGAUUGGGAGAAGGUUAAGCCCACAUUACUCAGUGAAUUCAAGAUUACUUCGGAAGUUGAACCACGGCGACCCACAUUCUUCACCACUGAUGACUGUUACAGGACUGAAUCACCAGAAGUGAGCGGAAACUCUGCACGGUUUUACAUCAAAAGUUCACAUCCACUGACUACAGAAUGUUCGGCCCAAGAUUAUGGAUUCUUUUCAAAGUAUAUGCAAGCAACAUGAUUGACAAAUAAUUAUUUAUUCAUUAGAAUUAUUAUUAUUAUUAAUAGUAGUGUUUGUAUUAUUACAAGGAUUAACCGGGGGAGAAAUUCUGUGAUUUUAAAUUUAUAUUCACAUUGUAGGUAUAUGUUCAUAAAAAGCUUAACUGUG